UAGCAUGAAUGCCUGUUGGCGAAUUCAGACUGGCAUAGAAACACUCAACAACAGUCCACUCCCCUCCUCCGGGCCUUCUCCCUCUCUCUCGGCGGCGGCGGGGUCAUGGGGUGGGCGAUCGCACUUCACGGUGGAGCAGGAGACAUCCCGCUUUCCUUGCCGCCGGAGCGCCGUCUCCCGAGGGAGGCCUGCCUCCGCCACUGCCUUCAGGUCGGCGUCCACGCCCUGAAAUCCAAGAAAUCCCCCCUCGACGUCGUCGAGCUCGUGGUUCAGGAACUCGAGAAUAACCCGAACUUCAACGCAGGCAGGGGAUCUGUCUUGACCACCAAUGGCACGGUUGAAAUGGAAGCUUGCAUCGUGGAUGGGAAGACAAUGAGGUGCGGAGCAGUGUCGGGCCUCAAGACUGUUGUGAAUCCGAUAUAUUUGGCACGUCUAGUGAUGGAGAAAACACCUCAUAUAUAUCUCGGGUUCGAAGGUGCAGAGGCAUUUGCUAGGGAGCAAGGUGUUGAGACAGUAGAUGCAUCUCAUUUCAUUACUCCAGAGAAUGUCGAAAGGCUGAAGCAGGCCAGAGAAGCAAACAGAGUGCAGAUUGACUACAACGCACAACCUGUUCAGAAGGACAUGAAGAGGGAGGAAUUGAUUCCUGAUGGUGACAGUCAAAUUGGUACGGUAGGGUGCGUAGCAGUGGAUAACGAAGGGAACUUGGCGGCAGCAACUUCCACUGGGGGGUUAGUGAACAAGAUGGUGGGAAGGAUCGGGGACACGCCCAUCAUAGGAGCUGGCACCUACGCAAACAGUCUCUGUGCAGUCUCGGCUACCGGCAAAGGUGAGGCCAUCAUCCGAGGGACAGUCGCUAGGGAUGUCGCCGCCCUCAUGGAGUUCAAGGGAAUGUCCCUGGAGCAAGCAGCUGCCCUUGUUGUGGGGGAUCGGGUUCCUAAGGGUAAUGUUGGGCUGAUCGCGGUUUCAGCCACUGGGGAAGUGACCAUGCCUUUUAAUACAACCGGGAUGUUUCGUGCGUGUGCCACUGAGGAUGGGCACUCGGAGAUUGCAAUAUGGGAUUCUUGAAGAGAUUGGUUGGCUUAAAGGGUACAAUCUUUGGUGUUCUUGGUGGGACAAUUGCUAGGCCGAGGAAUUUGCAAUAUGUGGACAUAUACAACGCUGUUAACUUUUUCUUUGUUUAAUCUCAUAAAUUGAGCCGAUUCAGGAUCAUUAGCAUCCUGACAUACUUAGCAGUUA